UUACGACUAUUUACUGUACGUAAGAGUACGUUACUACAACCGGUGCAUUGAUUGAAUACAGUAGUGACGACGAACGACGCGACGUAGCCUUGCUUGCGGAUGAAGGAUACUCGUAGGUACUUUUGUACGAUUAUCGAUUAUCUACAGUACGGUACGUAGUACUUCUACUUUACUGUACAGUACUUCGCAAAGGGUUAACGUCUCGUAUUGCUCUGCCGGUUGCCGGUCGCCAGGAAAAACCUGAGUCACCCAAAACCAUCACAGUAUUUUGUAUUUUGUAUUCUGCGACUCAGUUCAGCAUCGAACGCCUGACAUUCCGUACCGUAUCAACGGUACAGCAUCACUGUGGUGACACAUCGAUAACAUAAUUUCUUCAUCAACCAAGAAAACAACGUUGUGCGCAAAACCUCGUAACUCAUUGCCUUGCGACAAAUCAUCACCUGUUCCCCUCGCCAAUAUCCAUGAAAUUUUACAUUCUUGUUUUUUCCAGCAUCCUCAUCAUGACUUCAAGAAGCGUAGUCGGUUUGGCAGCCCCAGCUGCAUCAAAGGGUAGAUCGAUUUACUAUUGGUUUCGUCUAGGUGAUUUGAGGUUGCAUGACAACCCAGGACUUGACCGAGCCACAACCCUGUGCUCGAAAACAGAAAGCAACUUAAUCCCAGUGUUUUGCUUUGAUCCACGCAUUUUUGGAAACGAAGCGAGKGGAGAAUUUGGCUCCUUAAAGUGUGGACCGAAGCGGGCGAAAUUUGUUAUCGAAAGUGUUGAAGAUUUGCGUCAAUCACUUGAAAAGAAAGGAAGUAAGCUGUUGGUAUCCACUGAAAAGCCAGAAGCAUUUUUCUCGAAACUUUUGACCGAUUCAAACACAAAAAGUUCGAGCAAACUUGUCUACCAGGAAGAGGUCUGCUCUGAAGAAAGAACAGUUGCGUCGAAUGUCGAGAAGCUAUUUGAAUCCAGCGAAGCCAUUUGGGGAUCCACCGUAAGUAAACUACUGUAGCUGACUUAGUUCGCAAUUUGUGACAAUUUUUUGAGUCGAUUGAUCUCAUUGCCUGUGAACUCGCAUUCUAGAUGUACGAUCUAAAAGAUCUACCUUACAGCCCUGAUUUAGAGGAUCUGCCCAAUGGUUUCACCCCUUUUCGAAACAAGGUUGAAAAAAACUGCAAAAUCAGAUCACCUUUCCCCGUUCCCAAGGGGUUAAACUCGUUUCCAGACAGUAUGGGCGUCGCUAAAGACUACGCAAGUGAGUUACCAAAUCUUAAAGACUUAGGUUACACAUCGGACCAGAUUGAUCACGCAAACUCUCAGGAUCCUCGAGGAGUCAUGAAUUUCAAGGGAGGAGAGACCGCAGCUCUGAAGAGGGUGAAAGAAUACAUUUGGGAUAAAGACCUCCUUCGAAACUAUUUCGAUACUCGAAAUGGAAUGAUUGGUGCAGACUAUUCAACGAAGGUAUGUACGAACUAAAAUGAAAGGAAUUGUUCGAUUUUUUGGAAAUCGAUAAUUCAUCGAAGAUUUACAAGCGGUGGAGAAAUAAGCGACUAACUUGCUUACUGAAUCUUUCUCUAAAAUUCAUCACCAAUCGACAAGUUUUCGCCAUGGCUCGCUCACGGAAACCUCUCUCCUCGUUAUGUUGCAAACGAGUGCAAAAAAUAUGAGCAAGAGCGUGUAGCCAACAAAUCAACAUACUGUGAGUACAAUAAUUUGAUUCAAUGAUGAUGAUAUCUCUGCUUUUAAACCUUUGGAUUGAUUGAAUCCUUACGUUUGAUGUGACUUAACAAAAUUAUCUCUACAUUUCUACUUCUCAGGGGUCGUCUUUGAAAUGUUAUGGCGUGACUUUUUCAAAUACUUUGCCAAAAAGCAUGGCGACAAGCUUUUUUAUCCUGGCGGAACGAUUGGGAGUUCGAAAGAGUGGAAACACUACGACAAAAAUUUACGGGCAUGGAUUGAAGGAAGGACUGGAUUUCCACUUGUAGACGCUAAUAUGCGU